CGAGAAAACAAAUCUCUACGAUUACGUUAAAAAAUGAAAGUGUAAAAACACUUAUGAGGACAGUUUAAAAUAAGAAAAUUUUGCAGAGUCCAGUACGAUUUUAGCCUAAGUAACGGUGGAAUUGCCCAUAUCCUUACAAACACGUGACUAAUGCUACGCAACAUGCCAGUUACUCUAUUUCACAAAAUCCCCUGACUAGAAAAGAGAUGACACUAUGCAAUAUACUCGAUCAUGGAGAAUACUCAAGAGUCACUUGACCAAAGAAGACGACGACUUCUAGAAGAACUUCAGCUUCUAGACCAACAAAUAGCAGAAAGCUCAGGAAUCCAGCAGCAGCCUGCACCAAAACACGAUGUUCCAGAAACUGAAAGUACACAGCAGGCGCCACAAGAAAAUAUAGAGGAGAAUAAUGAAAAUCAGCAGUUGCAAUCAAACACCAGCCCACAGGUGGAUCAAAUCUCUUCAAACGAAACAGAAACAGAUGUUCAACCAACGGUUUCUCCAAAUUUUUGUUUUUAUGAAAAAAGGAAGGGAGUAGUAGAUCUCGGCAGAGGGUACGAAUACCUGACAUGCACACUCUAUGCUCUGAAGUUCGGUUUAGACGAAAAUGUUUCUGAUUUCCGCAUGACCACCAAUAAUAAGAAAUGUGGCGAUUUUGAUGACAUCGAAAUUGAAGCGACUUUUAAAAAUGGUAAACGGUCGACUUUUCUUUUCCAAUUAAAGCAUAAAUUUAACAAAGAGUACAUUACCGAAAGUUUGUUGACCAAUGAAACCAUCCACAAAAAUAAGAAACAACAAAAGAGUAAAUUCUAUUUACCUCAUUAUUUACAAUCUAUUUCCAAUUUUGAGAAACAGGAUGAAGAUCUUCACUUUAUUCUGUAUACAAACAGCCAAGCCGCCAUUAAAGGCGGCUCUGAGUUAUCUUUUAACAAAAAGUACACAUCGUUGUUAGUAGAAGAUUCUAGCAACCUGGAAUACAAAGAAUUAUUGGUAAAUUCUGACGACGAUGAGAAUAAAAUCUUUAAGGUGAAACCAAACGGUGACUCUGAAACAGAAGAACUGAAAAGCGUGGCGAACGUCUGCAGCAAGUUCUAUUUUUUCACAAAUCAGGAUGAUAUUGAAAGCGUAAAAGGAAGCCUUAAAGUAAAGCUCGACAAUUUGCUACAAAGUCAAUACGACAUUUUGGACCCUUUCUUACAAUUUAUGGAAUAUUGGUGGUCGGAAAAUUUUGUUUUAACAAAACACUUAUUGUUAGUCAAGUUAACCGAACUAGCACUAUCACCUUACAUAAAAACAUUAACUGGGAAGAGAACUAGUGAGAAAACCGAUUUGCUAAAACGAGCGAUAAUGGAUUUCGAGAUGACGAUUGUCGGUAAAAGUCAAGAAGAAAUAGUCGUCAAUAUGUGGAAAGAAGUCGAAGAAAAUAACGACUGUAACACAUCCCCUCUGGAUCAAUACGCACAGCAACGUAAAACUGAAUUAAGCAGAGUACAAAAGGCAAAAAUUUUGUGGCACUGGGGAAAAAUCCCUCUUAUUAUUACGGUUGAUAAAUCUAACGCGAAUGUAGUAGAACGAGUGAUGAAACUUUUGCACAAAUCCUUACAAAAUAAAAAAGUUCUUUUGUUGACUGACGAUUCAAACUACCAGUUUCACGGUUGGUCUAUUUUUAAAACUUUAUCUGACAUAAUCGAAAAUCACCCAAACGAAGAAUAUUGUUCCAAUAUUAAAAAUAAAUUUAAUGUUUCUCUGCAAGGCAGAAACUAUAUUCCUUUAAGGCAUUUACUGCAGACUGACAUAAAUAUUGCUAGGUACGUCAGAACUGAAGAUCUAUUUGUCAUGUCUCAAUGCCAGUAUAUGUUAAUUGGUAAACAAGUGGAAAAACCCCCCGAUCUAUAUAUCCCGAGAACUGUGUAUGCAAAUUUUAUCAAUAUUCAACAAAUUUUUAAACUUGCAGGCUUAAUGAGGAGUAACGCAAUUAUUAUUAACUGCCAUAAAAGUUUUACUAAUAGGUUGGUUAAAUAUUUUGAAGUCAUCGAAUUAUCUGAUUACUUAUCUACAGAAAUUGUAAAGUUGAAUAACAAUUGUAUUUUUGUUUCUACGAAAAGUAAAUGUGGUGAUAAGAAAUUUGAUGAAUUUUGUGAGAAAUCAAAAGAACAGAACGUUUAUUUGUUACAAGUAGUUGACCAAAAGUACUGCAUUUUAAUAAGAAGAAGAGGAAAACAAACCCCAUUUCGCUUUAGACGAAAAUGUAUAGAAGAAGCUAAUAUAUUUGCCAAGUUUAAAGACCUGUUAAAUGUUUUUUGUGCACCCCCAGGUAUGGGAAAAACAAGUUUAUUGAAAAUUUUAAAUUACAAUUGUCCACGUGAUUGUUGGGCAGUUAAUAUUGAUUUGAUUAACUACAAUUCGGUUUUUGCAAAGGAGUCAAAUCUCCGAGAGUUGUUACAUUAUUUUAUCGAAGUGAAGGAUAGUCAAGAUGACCUGCUUACAAAACACAUUAUAAGUACUUUGUUAAGGGACAAAAAAAUGCAUGUAUUUUUCGAUGGAUUAGACGAAGUGCAUAGCAAUUACGUUAAAUUGGUCAUGGACUGCAUACAGCACUUAUUCGCAGAAGGUGUCAAUGUUUGGGUUACUUCAAGAGAAAACUUGCGCGAACAACUGUCCCAAACGUUAAAUAUUGUGCCAAUCGACAUAGAAGAAAUAAGACGAAACGAACAAAAAAGUUACAUCUACGAUAGGUUGAUCGACAAAUACCAACCUGAAGAAAUACAAAAAAUCACAACUGCAAUGUCUGACAGUGUUGAUCUUAACAGAAGUCAAGCAUUGUUGGGAAUUCCACUGCAACUCUAUAUAAUAACAGAAAUGUUUGUCAACAAUAAACAAGUAUACGAAGACUUGAUGCAAGAAGGUUUAUUUGUAUUAACUAAGAUGUACCGCAUGUUUUUCGACGGAAAAAUAGAAUCCUGUUAUAAGAAAGUUAUAGGCGACAAUCAAGAACAUCAACUAGGAGUUAUCCGAUUUCUUUUGAAGCAGUAUGAACUUGUAGCUGUGAAAACAUGUCUCGACGCUUCAGAUUUUGAGAAAUUGGCGUUAAAUACGCAAGAGUCUCAAGAGUUUAUCGAUGAGUUAAAAAGUAACGGUGACAAAUACGGAAUAAUUAAGAAUAUCAACGAAUAUGAAGAAGUUGUAUUUAAUCACCAAACGUACGCAGAAUAUUUCGCUUCGGUUUGGUUCAAGAAACAUCAAGACAAAGUCAGAUUGCUCGGAGGAAACUUUUUUUCUAAAAGGUACGAAAAUUUGCGAAUCAUGUUUGAUGUAAUGAUGGCCGAAAAGAACCCAUUGCAUCUGGCCGUAAUUUAUAAGGAUAUCCACCAGUGUGAAAAACAAAUUGAAAACGUUGGUACUAAAGACGAAGCUGGUCGUAACGCGUUACACAUCGCAUGUUCUUAUGGAAUCAAUUAUCCUGAAGAUGAAGCAAGGAUAAACCGCGAAUCUACAACUUACACAAAAAUUAUCGCAAUGCUCUUCGGAAAACCAGAAAUCAAAAUCAAAAUAGCCGAACGCGACGAUUUAUUUAAUUUCGACUGUGUGGAAUAUGCGUUAGCAUCGAAAUGUCUGUAUGUGAUAGAAACAUUGUUUGAAAAGUCAUUAUUAACUUUUCAAGGGUUGCAAACUUCAGUUUUUCAGUUUUAUGAUGAAAAAGCGUUGGUCUAUUACGCGGCACAAAUGGGUUAUUUUAAUUUGUUUUUUGAGAUUACCACAUCCAAUUCGAGUAUUGAAAAAAACAAAUCCAUCGUUUGUUGUGCACUGCAGUUUUAGGCGCGCGAGAUGAUGUAGGUACUUUAGAAACGCCGAGAGAAGGAAAUAUAAAAAUUGUUGAAUUACUAAUAAAAUAUGAUGUAUAUUUAAACAAAAUGAACUUGUAUCGCACUAUUAUGAAUGACGCAUUUGAUUAUGAACUACAAGACAUGUGGCAAGUUUUAACAGAAAAUGGUGCAAAGUUUGGCAACGGCGGUACCAUUUUACAUAAAUUAUUGGACGAUGAAGAUGACAUUGAAGCAAACGAAGAAUUUAUAAUAUAUUUGUUAGACAACUGGAACGUGAAUGUAAACGUACAAAAUAUAGAAAGUUUGACUCCACUACAUAAGGCAUGUGAGAACGGUAGGCAUGAGAUAGUAAAGAAACUGUUUGAAUAAAUAAUAGUUUAAAAAACUAAAAAAAACACGCUUUUAUUGCUAAUCGAACUAAAAACUAGAAAAUAAUUUUUAAUGACAGAGUUUAAUAUUACAGUAGUAGAAGAUCAAACAAUCAAUCAUAAUAAAUCACCUCAAAUUAAAAUUAUAAUAAAAUUUAAGUUAUUAACAGAAUAAUUCAAUUCAGAGUAAAAAGCGUGGGGUGCUUGAUAUUUUAAAUAUUACAAUCAUUCUAUUGGCAACUAUCUAUGAGAGGAUAGUUAUGAACCGCAGUAAAAUGCACCCCACGCUUUUUACUCUGAAUUGAAUUAUUCUGUUAAUAACUUAAAUUUUAUUAUAAUUUUAAUUUGAGGUGAUUUAUUAUGAUUGAUUGUUUGAUCUUCUACUACUGUAAUAUUAAACUCUGUCAUUAAAAAUUAUUUUCUAGUUUUUAGUUCGAUUAGCAAUAAAAGCGUGUUUUUUUUAGUUUUUUAAACUAUUAUUUAUUUUUCAUUUUUUAGUCUGCGACAAAUUCAUAAAUUGGGGAAUUAAUUACUUAUUUAGAUUUUUCUAGAAAGAACCACUUAGUGGUCUCCGUAUGAUCGAUCAACGGGAAUUAGUUCGAAAUCAAUCGCCCUCACGGACCAACGGGACACAAUUCAUCAUUGUGGUUAGUUUUACCCCCCAAAUAGUUAAUUUUCCUCCAUGUUUGUAUUUCUGAAUCAAAAUUUGUUAUCUUUAUUUAAGUUGGUGAGAAUUCAUGAUUAGAUAUGUUUUAAUUAUAAUUCAUUCCUUCUUUACCGACUGUAAAACCAAAGCUAUGCAGAAAUUGUCCUUGAAACAGAAAUAAUCGGUAUAGAUCGGUAUAAUCGACACGGAGAGAGAUAACCGUGGUAUAUAAUAUACUGACACAAUUAAGAUGCGAUCAGCCAUUUUUGCACACGUUUAGUUAAUUAAAAGUCCGUUCUUGUUUUUUUCAUUUAAUAUCCGUUAUUUCUAUUUUAAUCAAGACUAUAAUUACAACGAAGAGUAAACCAGAUACUACAGGCAUGCGCAGAUCGCGCGCUAGCUUUAUCUCUUUUACUCCACUACACAGGAUCCAUAAAAGAAUUUAUAAAUCCUGGCGCUCCUAAUAAGGAUAAUGGGAAACUGUUAUCAAAUUAUUGCAUUGUCAUCGAUCCUUGAGACGUGUGCAAAGUUUCAAGAUGAUCAGACUUUUAGAAACCGAUGAAAAUUAAGCUCAAAGAUUCCGUUACAUCCAUAAAAGAAUUUAUAAAUCCUGGCGGUCCUAAUAAGGAUAAUGGGAAACUGUUAUCAAAUUAUUGCAUUGUCAUCGAUCCUUGAGACGUGUGCAAAGUUUCAAGAUGAUCAGACUUUUAGAAACCGAUGAAAAUUAAGCUCAAAGAUUCCGUUACAUACAUACAUACAACCCAAGCUAAUAAAAGCGUGAUAAAAAGGAGCUGACGCAAAAAUUUUAACCUGGUGUAAUUUUAACUUGUUAGAUUAUGCUGCGUCAGAAGGUCAAGCUGAUGAAACAAUGAUGAACAUCCUGAUAAAUCAUGAAUCAAAAUAUUUUUGGAUUCUCAUUCUUACACACAGCAUGUCAGGAGGGUAAUGUUGAACUAGUAGCAGCAUUACUUAACAAAGGUAUAAAUGUAAAUAAUUUGAACAUAUGUUAUUUUCAUGGCAACGCAUUACAUAUCGCAUUAUCAGCAAAAGACGAAAAUGUUGAAAUAAUAGAAUUACUGUUACAGAGUGGUAUAGAUAUCAAUUAUCAGAACAAAAAAGGACAAACACCCCUUCAUAUCGCUUGCAAAACUUGUAAAUAUCAUUCUACACAAUUACUACUUACAAAUGGGGCUGAGAUUAAUACCGUGGAUAUCAAGAACAAAAACGCACUACAUCAUGCGGCAAAAAAUUGGGAAGAAAACAGAGAAAUAAUAAUUUUACUGAUUGAGAAUGGAAUCGACGGUAAUUGUGAAAGUAAUGAUGGAUAUGUAGCUCUACAACUUGCAAGAGAAAAGAACGAUAAUGAGAUCGUUGAAAAACUACUUCAAAAUGACUCGGUUAUAAAUCUGGAUAAAAACAACCGAUCAUCUGGACAUACCUUCGAGGAAAGAUCUAAUAAUAAUAGCGUUGUGAAUUCGAAUCUGUCCAGUGCGUUCCAUUUGGAAAGAGGGAAGCUACAACAUACCUACGAAACAAAUGCAAAUUUGGACAAUAUUGUCUACCCAAAUGAUCAAUGUUAAUAUUCAAUCGACAGAGUAAGUACUUUUAUCUAGAUUUAGAAAACACAAUACUUCUUGGUGAAGUCGGUUUUGAUGCUGAUCGACAAGGAAUUACUGCAUUACAAAUCGCCUGUUAUGAAGGAGAUUUCGAAAUGGCAGAGUCGUUGAUGAAAGUAGGUGCAAAAGCGAAAGUCGUGGAUAAUGACGGCAAUACGGCAUUACACUACGCUUCUGUUUCAGAUGAAGAUACUGAAGAAAUAAUACCGCUUCUAAUAAUUGAUGGGGUUGAUGUAAAUGCUCAGAAUAAAUAUGGACAGACGCCUCUACAACUUGCAUUUUUGCGUGGUCAUUUUAAUAACACAUUACAAUUAUUUAUGUGUGGAGCAAAAUUUGAUAUUGAAGAUAAUAAAAAAAAACAUGCUCUCCAUUAUGCAUUAGUGGAGCGAGAUGAUAUGGACUGAUAACCGUCUUGACAUUAAUUGUCAGAAUCAGUAUGGAAUAACACCAUUACAUAUUGCAUGUGAAUGUAGUGAACCAUAUGUCGCUGCACUGUUAACACAUUUUGGAGCGAAUGCUUCUGUUUUAGACAGCAAUAAAAACAAUGUUUUGCACUACCUUAUGCGAUCUGAAGGUGAUGAGGAAGAGUUACACAUGGUGUUAGUGGUAUUUUUAGAUUUAAACAUUUUUGACAUUAACACCCAAAACAUCUACGGGACAACAGCCUUACAUCUUGCUUGCCAAUACUGUCACUACAAACUUGUUAAAGUAUUACUGUUAGAGGAAGCUAAAGUUGAUAUUUUAGACAACGACAACAACAGUGCAUUACACUACGCAAGUUAUUCGAAUAAAAGCAGUGAAAAACUGAUACGUCGUUUAUUACGACGGGGUCUAAAUAUUAAUGAACCAAAUAAAAACGGAGUAUCACCAUUACAUCUUGCUUGCAACUGUGGCAAUUUAGAAACUGCACAAAUUCUACUAGCAAAAGGAGCUAACAUCAACGACGUUGACUAUAACGAACUUGAUGCACUACACUAUGCAUCAAGUUCGACUGAUACAAAUACAAAUCUGAUAACAUUGUUACUAGAUAAAGGCUUAAAUGUAAAUUGCGUGAAUAAAUACGGUGCCUCCCCAUUACAUUUUGCACGUAAGAGUGAUAACAUAGACGUUUUGUUGGAGGCAGGUGCACAACUCCAAUCGUUAGAUAACAAUAACAAUAACAUUUUGCAUUACGUUUCAAGAACGACAGAUGAAGUGAUAGAGUUAUUAAACUAUUUAUUAUCUGCAGCAGACUUUAACGUAAACGCUCAAAAUAACUGUGGAACCACUCCAUUGCAACUGGCAUGCAAAAGUGGUAACUUUUUGUUCGUCAAAGAAUUAUACGAACAUGGAGCUGAAUUAAAUAUUUUAGAUAAUGACAAGAAAAGUGCACUGCAUUAUGCUUUGGAAUCUUCAGAACAGAAUAAUAGUUUUAUUAAUUACUUAAUUUAUAACGGUAUUGACGUCAACGUUCAAGACGAUCACGGAAAAACACCACUGGAACUUGCAUGUUCAACAAAUAAUUAUCAGGUUGUCGAAACGCUGAUCGAAUUUGGUGCUGGUGCAGAAAUGUCUUGAUAUUUUUAUUCAGUUUCGUUAUGCUUUAUGCUUAUACUUAACAUAGUGGCAUAUUUUGUAGAACAUUUCUGAGUUUAGGUGUUUUUUUCCCUUAUUUUGGAAAGGUAUCUACUCAUAUAAUUUAAUUUUAUCCAUUGGAAGAAAUUAGCAGUUUCCAUAAAAUUUGUCUUGUGUCCUAAAUAUCUAUCUACUUUUGCAAUUGAUUUAUAAUCACUUUUAAUGCCUAUGGUUGUUAUAGAAGUACGCUGUAUAAUUUGGAUCCAGUACUCAGUUCUGACUUUAUUCUGUUGCGUUAUAAAUUGGUGCUAUUCUGCUUAUAUCAUGUGUUAUCUAUCGAAUGCCAAUGAUUAUAACAUUAACGAUUAAUAUAAUUUCAAAAUAAAAGAAGAAAGAGGAAUUACAAUACAGUCAAGACAACAACUUUCAAAAAUCCAUGGCUGCCUUUGAUCGUGUUUUUUAUAGUUCUUUCGGUAUGGCAUUUUUGUCACACAUGUCAUUGAUUUUUAACUAUAAAUAUGUAUGUUUUUCAUCUAAGAGUAGAAUAUUAGGCGUAUUUAAUACCUUAAGUUUAAAGUGUAAAAAAAUGUUCUUGAGAAAUGAAUUUAUAUAAGAUGUUAACAAAACUUUCAUCAGUUAACUUUUACAAAAUGAGCAAAAAAUGUUUAUGUAUUUAUCUGAAGUUCUUACAAUAGUGAGGACACAUUAUAUUAAUAGAACGUCCUCGUAGCAUUUGUUGCAUAGCAUGUACCUAUAUAAAAUACUGUAUUUUUCUAUAUUAGAACUGUGUUAACGUUCAUAAGUGUAAUUUUUUUGUAAGAUUAAUAAACUGUAACUAAGUAA